AUGCUGCACUGCGUCGCCAGGUUUAAUGAUGUUUUGUUAGCGGACGCCACACAUCAGCUAAAUUGUGGCGGGUACGCGCUUUGGCAUGCUAUGCUUGCAGACGACACCGGUUCAGGUAGAAGUUUCUUCUACGCUAUCUCACCGGACGAGAGCGGCGACAGCCAUAAAUCUGCCGUGGGAACCAUGAAAGCUAUGUGCCCAGUCUUUGCACAGUGCAAGACUAUGGUAGUUGAUCGUAGCUUGGCUCACUACAACGCGUUUUCAGGAUACUUUCUGUCCUGUUAUGUGAUAUUUUGUCGUUUCCAUCUCGUUAAGGAUAUCAAGAAGAAAUGUAAACAGCUAUCUGGUAUGCCAACGUUCAAAAAGCAGCGCAUCUUCCAAUGGAUGCGCAACAUGGUGUACUUUGAUACUGAGGUAUCGUUUCGUAGAUUUCUAGCCGCCGUAGAAAGUCGUGGCACAGAAGAAGCAGUUCAUUUAUAG